UGCAGGAACCAAUAUUAUCUGAUCAGAUGUCUUGUUCUAUGGAUCAUGUUGUUAGUAAUGAUGAUGCAAUACAACAACAAAACUUCUCAUCGAUUUCCUCAACUAAAAUACUAACUCCUAUUGAAGGUUCAAAUGAGACGUUUCGUCAAAGGCAAUCAGAUGUUUUUUCUGCACUAGCUAACCUAGAAGCAGCUCAUCUUGAAGUGUACAAAGCUACAAAAGAAGAACGUAAAGCUGUACGUAAAGCAGCUUGGCGACAUACAAUUACUGCACCAGAAAAUUUAGCGGAGUUAAAAGAACGUCGUGAUCAUGUUCAGAUGUCUGGUAGUAAAGAACAGAAAACACCAUGUCAAAUACAAAAUCCAACUUUCCGAAAACCUAACGCUCUUCCACCAUCAACACAUCGUCGACCGAAUUAUACGCAUCGAGAUCCUAGUAAAUGGACACAUUAUAGUUUAGCUGAUAUUGAUGAAGAUGCUAGCGUAAGUGAUAACUCAAUCGCUAUGGCUUUGAUAAAUGAAUUGCGAGAAUCUCGAAACAGUUCAGAAACUGUACAAGAUGAUGAAACUAGUACAAAAAAUUCACGUCAUAACAAUCGAAUAUUGUUUCGUCCAACUCAAGGUAGAAAACGAGCUCGUCUUGUUGAAGAGAAUGUACCAAAAUCGGAAGUACGUUUGGAGAGUUGUUUCUACACACCCGAUACAGAUGAAUCACAAAGUUCCACUGAUGAUCCAUUACCUUCAUCUAAUCAACAUAAUGAAAGUUCGUGUACUACUGCACCAGUCUUUGUGAAUCGUCGUCAUAAAGGCCAAAUACGUAGUCGACAUUUAGAUACUGAUCAUCAGUCAUUUGAUGAUCAACCGAUAAAUACUGGGGUCAACUCAGAGUGUGAUGAUAAAAUUGAUCAAGAAGAUCUUGAUGUGGAUUCUGAUGAGUUAGAAGAAGAUCCGGAAGAAGAUAAAACAAAUGAUUACUUAGCUUAAUUUGUGACAUAUUUAAUUUGUUUUUAGUAUUUUUUUCUUUCUUGGAUAUGCUUGAGAACAAUAUUGUAUGUAAUUAAAACGAAUUAAAUAUAACUUGUACAGAAUUUUUUUCGGAUUCACAUCAAAAUUCCAGUCUUUUAUUCAUGAUAAAAUAAAGUCAGGUAAACGGUCG